AUGUCUGGCGACGCCAUCAUGGCAGAGUUUGGGACUGCGGCAUCCUUUCUGAGAAAAUCAGACAAGGAACGCCUAGAGGCUCAGACCCGGCCCUUUGACAUGAAGAAGAAUUGUUUUGUGCCCGACCCUGAGGUGGAGUACGUUAAAGCCUUAAUUUCCAGCAGAGAUGGUGACAAAGUCACCGUUGAAACCGAGUUUGGAAAGACUGUCACCGUUAAGGAGGCAGAUGUCCACCCCCAGAACCCGCCAAAGUUCGAUAAAAUUGAGGACAUGGCGAUGUUUACCUUCCUCCAUGAGCCUGCUGUGCUGUUUAACCUCAAAGAGCGUUAUGCAGCAUGGAUGAUCUAUACCUACUCAGGGCUGUUCUGUGUGACUGUUAACCCCUACAAGUGGCUGCCAGUGUACGAUCAGAUGGUAGUCAAAGCCUACAGAGGAAAGAAGAGGAGUGAAGCUCCUCCUCACAUCUACUCCAUCUCUGACAAUGCCUACCAGUACAUGCUUUCUGACAGAGAAAACCAGUCAAUCCUCAUCACUGGAGAAUCCGGUGCUGGAAAGACUGUGAACACCAAGAGAGUCAUCCAAUAUUUUGCCAGCAUCGCAGCUGCUUCUGGCAAGAAAGAUCCAAGUCAGGAGAAGAAGGGAACCCUGGAGGAUCAAAUCAUCCAGGCUAAUCCUGCUCUGGAGGCUUUUGGAAAUGCUAAGACCAUUAGAAAUGACAACUCCUCCAGAUUUGGUAAAUUCAUUAGAAUCCACUUUGGUGUCAGUGGAAAGUUGGCCUCGGCUGAUAUUGAGACAUACCUGUUGGAGAAAUCUCGUGUCACCUAUCAGCUCAAGGCAGAGAGAGAUUAUCACAUCUUCUACCAGAUUCUGUCCCAAAGGAAACCAGAACUGCUGGAAAUGCUGUUGAUCACCAACAACCCCUAUGACUACUGUUACAUCUCCCAAGGAGAGACAACCGUAGCCUCCAUCAAUGAUGCGGAUGAGCUGAUGGCUACUGAUGAAGCUUUUGAUGUCCUGGGCUUCACCCAAGAGGAAAAAAAUGGCAUUUACAAGCUGAUUGGUGCCAUCAUGCAUUAUGGAAACAUGAAGUUCAAACAGAAGCAAAGAGAGGAACAAGCAGAGCCCGACGGCACAGAGGAUACAGACAAAGUGGCAUACCUUAUGGGCCUCAACUCUGCUGACCUCAUUAAGGGACUGUGCCACCCAAGGGUGAAAGUAGGCAAUGAGUGGGUCACCAAAGGCCAAAGUGUGCAGCAGGUGUACUACUCUAUCGGUGCUCUGUCUAAGUCAGUGUACGAGAAAAUGUUCUUGUGGAUGGUGGUGAGAAUCAACCAGUCACUGGACACCAAACAACCCCGCCAGUACUUCAUUGGUGUGUUGGACAUUGCUGGAUUUGAGAUCUUCGAUUUCAACACCUUUGAGCAACUGUGUAUUAACUACACUAAUGAGAAGCUGCAGCAGUUCUUCAACCACCACAUGUUCGUGCUGGAGCAAGAAGAGUACAAGAAAGAGGGUAUUGUGUGGGAGUUCAUUGACUUUGGCAUGGACUUGGCAGCCUGCAUUGAACUCAUUGAAAAGCCCAUGGGCAUCAUGUCCAUCCUUGAAGAGGAGUGCAUGUUCCCCAAAGCCAGUGAUGCAACAUUUAAAGCCAAACUAUAUGACAAUCAUCUGGGUAAAAGUCCCAACUUCCAGAAACCCAGGGUGGUUAAAGGAAAACCAGAAGCUCAUUUCUCCCUGGUUCACUAUGCUGGUACUGUUGAUUACAAUAUCGGUAACUGGCUGGUAAAGAACAAGGAUCCACUGAAUGAGACUGUGGUCGGACUAUUUCAAAAGUCCACUCUGAAGUUACUGGCUAUGUUAUUCGCUGGAUAUGCAGGAGCAGACUCAGCCCAGGACACAGGGGGCAAAGGAGGAAAGGGAGCAAAGAAGAAAGGUUCUUCCUUCCAGACUGUGUCUGCUCUACACAGGGAAAACCUCAAUAAACUGAUGACCAACCUCAGGUCAACUCACCCUCAUUUUGUGCGUUGCAUCAUCCCCAAUGAGACCAAGACUCCCGGGGCGAUGGAGAAUCCUCUGGUCAUGCACCAGCUACGUUGUAAUGGUGUGCUGGAAGGCAUUAGGAUCUGCAGGAAGGGAUUCCCCAACAGGAUCCAGUACGGAGACUUCAAGCAAAGAUAUCGCAUCUUGAAUCCUAAUUCUAUUCCUGAAGGACAGUUCAUUGACAACAAAAAAGCAGCAGAAAAACUUUUGGGCUCUUUAGACAUUGAUCAUGACCAAUACAGGCUUGGACACACAAAGGUGUUCUUCAAAGCUGGUCUGCUGGGUGUUCUUGAGGAGAUGAGAGAUGAUCGUCUAGCUCUCAUCAUCACUGGAAUUCAAUCAAGAUCCAGAGGAUUGCUCGCCAGGAUUGAAUUCCAGAAAAUUGUUGAGCGCAGGGAUUCCUUGUUGGUGAUCCAGUGGAACAUCCGUGCCUUCAUGGGUGUCAAGAAUUGGCCCUGGAUGAAGAUGUACUUCAAAAUCAAACCUCUGCUGAAAUCAGCCGAGACUGAGAAGGAGAUGGCAAACAUGAAAGAGGAGUUUACAAAGCUCAAAGAGGCUUUUGCCAAGUCUGAAGCCCGCAAGAAAGAGCUGGAGGAGAAAAUGGUUACCCUUCUCCAAGAAAAGAAUGACCUACAGCUCCAAGUCCAAUCUGAGCAAGACAAUCUUGCAGAUGCUGAGGAGCGCUGUGAAGGUCUGAUCAAAAGUAAGAUCCAGCUGGAGGCUAAAGCCAAAGAGCUUACAGAGAGGCUGGAAGAUGAAGAGGAGAUGAACGCAGAGUUGACUGCCAAGAAGAGGAAGCUCGAGGAUGAGUGUUCGGAGCUCAAGAAGGACAUUGAUGACCUGGAGCUAACUCUGGCCAAAGUGGAAAAGGAGAAGCAUGCCACUGAGAACAAGGUCAAAAACUUGACUGAAGAGAUGGCAGGUUUGGAUGAAAUCAUCGCUAAGCUAACAAAAGAGAAGAAAGCACUUCAGGAGGCCCAUCAGCAAACACUGGAUGACCUGCAGAGUGAGGAGGACAAAGUCAACACUCUGACCAAGGCCAAAACCAAGUUGGAGCAGCAAGUUGAUGAUCUUGAGGGUUCAUUGGAACAAGAGAAGAAAGUAAGAAUGGAUCUGGAGAGAGCCAAGAGAAAAUUGGAGGGGGACUUGAAACUAACCCAAGAAAAUGUGAUGGAUCUGGAGAAUGACAAGCAGCAGCUGGAAGAGAAACUCAAGAAGAAAGAUUUUGAAAUCAGCCAGCAGCUCAGUAAAAUUGAAGAUGAACAAGCCAUGAGUGCUCAGCUCCAGAAGAAACUGAAGGAGCUACAGGCUCGAAUUGAGGAGUUGGAAGAAGAACUGGAGGCAGAGCGAGCUGCUCGAGCAAAGGUGGAGAAACAAAGGGCCGACUUGGCCAGGGAGCUGGAGGAGAUCAGUGAAAGGCUGGAGGAGGCCGGAGGAGCCACUGCAGCUCAGAUUGAAAUGAACAAAAAGAGGGAGGCUGAAUUUCAGAAGAUGCGCAGAGACCUUGAAGAGGCCACUCUGCAGCAUGAAGCCACAGCUGCUGCACUGAGAAAGAAGAACGCAGACAGUGUGGCCGACCUGGGCGAGCAGAUCGACAACCUGCAGAGAGUCAAGCAGAAGCUGGAGAAGGAAAAAAGUGAGCUCAGGCUGGAGCUGGAUGAUGUAGUUUCCAACAUGGAACAGAUUGCCAAAGUUAAGACUAACCUGGAGAAAAUGUGCCGCACACUGGAGGAUCAAAUGUCUGAGUACAGGACGAAAUCAGAGGAGUCCCAGCGUACCAUCAAUGACUUCACGAUGCAAAGGGCCAAACUUCAGACUGAAAACGGUGAGCUUGCCAGGCAGAUGGAGGAGAAGGACUCAUUGGUCUCCCAGCUGACCAGAGGGAAGCUAUCCUACACUCAGCAGGUUGAAGACCUGAAGAGACAGCUGGAAGAGGAAGUCAAGGCCAAGAAUGCACUUGCCCAUGCGGUGCAGUCUGCGCGCCAUGACUGUGAUUUGUUGAGGGAGCAGUUUGAGGAAGAACAGGAGGCCAAAGGCGAACUCCAGCGUGGCAUGUCCAAGGCAAACUCUGAGGUGGCUCAGUGGAGAACCAAAUAUGAAACUGAUGCUAUCCAGAGGACCGAGGAGCUGGAGGAAGCGAAAAAAAAACUAGCUCAGCGCUUGCAAGAUGCAGAAGAAGCUGUUGAAGCUGCUAAUGCCAAAUGCUCCUCCCUGGAGAAAACCAAACACAGGCUUCAGGGUGAGAUUGAGGAUCUCAUGGUGGAUGUGGAGAGAUCUAACGCUGCUGCUGCUGCUCUGGACAAGAAACAAAGAAACUUUGACAAGGUUCUUGCUGAGUGGAAGCAGAAGUACGAAGAAUCUCAGACUGAGUUGGAAAGUGCCCAGAAAGAUGCUCGUUCUCUAAGCACUGAACUCUUCAAACUGAAGAACUCCUACGAAGAGUCUCUGGAUCAUCUGGAGACCAUGAAACGAGAAAACAAGAACCUCCAGGAGGAAAUUUCUGACCUGACUGAGCAACUUGGUGAGGGAGGAAAAAGCAUCCAUGAACUUGAGAAAAUCCGUAAACAGUUGGAGCAGGAGAAGGCUGAGAUACAAACUGCCCUGGAGGAAGCUGAGGGUUCACUCGAGCAUGAGGAGAGCAAAAUCCUUCGAGCUCAGUUGGAGUUCAACCAGGUGAAGGCAGACAUUGAGCGCAAGCUGGCUGAGAAGGACGAGGAGAUGGAGCAAGCCAAGCGGAACCACCAAAGAGUGGUAGACACGCUGCAGAGCUCCCUGGAGGCGGAGACUCGCAGCAGGAACGAGGCUCUCAGAAUAAAGAAGAAGAUGGAGGGAGACCUCAAUGAGAUGGAGAUCCAGCUGAGCCAGGCCAACAGGCAGGCAGCUGAGGCUCAGAAGCAACUCAAAGGAGUUCAUACUCACUUGAAGGACUCACAGCUGCAGCUGGAUGAUGCUCUACGUGCCAAUGAUGAUCUAAAGGAGAACAUUGCCAUUGUGGAGAGGCGCAACAACCUGAUGCAAGCCGAGCUGGAUGAGCUUAGGUCUUUGGUGGAGCAAACUGAGAGAGGUCGUAAGCUGGCCGAGCAGGAACUGCUGGAUGUCAGCGAGAGAGUUCAGCUGUUGCACUCACAGAACACCAGCCUGCUGAACCAGAAGAAGAAGCUGGAGACCGACACUACUCAGCUCCAGGGUGAGGUGGAGGAGGCUGUGCAGGAGUGCAGAAAUGCAGAGGAGAAGGCCAAGAAGGCCAUCACCGAUGCAGCCAUGAUGGCUGAGGAGCUGAAGAAGGAGCAGGACACCAGCGCCCACCUGGAGCGCAUGAAGAAAAACAUGGAGCAAACCAUCAAAGACCUGCAACAUCGCCUGGAUGAAGCCGAGCAAAUCGCCAUGAAAGGUGGCAAGAAGCAGGUUCAGAAGCUGGAGGCCAGGGUGAGAGAGCUUGAAAAUGAAGUGGAUAUGGAGCAAAGGAAAAGCAGCGACUCGGUUAAAGGGGUCCGAAAGUAUGAGAGACGUAUCAAAGAGCUAACCUACCAGACAGAAGAGGACAAAAAGAAUCUGAGUCGUCUACAGGAUCUGGUGGAUAAACUACAGAUGAAAGUUAAAUCGUACAAGAGGGCUGCAGAGGAAGCCGAGGAACAAUCCAAUGCAAAUCUUGGCAAACUGCGCAAGUUGCAGCACGAGCUGGAGGAAGCAGAGGAGAGGGCGGACAUCGCUGAGUCUCAAGUCAACAAGCUGCGAGCCAAGAGCAGAGACUCUGGAUCUAAGAAAUCCCAUGAUGAAGAGUGAAACUUUUCACUCCACUGAAUGAAACAGUAGGAUCGUAGUUGUUCUUUAUCCUUCAUGCAACAUGAAAGGAAAAAAGAAUAAAGCUUUGAAUUCAGC